AUGGCGACAGCGCGCGGCGGCGGUGGCUUCCCCCGGGUGCUGCUGCUGCUGCUGCUGCUGCUGCUGCUGCUGCUGCUGUGCUGCCCCCGCGCCGCCGCCGAGCAGGUUGUCCUGUUGGACUCGAAGGAAUCGCAAGCGGAGCUGGGCUGGACCUCGCACCCAUCAAACGGGUGGGAAGAAAUCAGUGGCGUGGAUGAGAAUUACAAGCCGAUACGCACGUACCAGGUCUGCAAUGUCAUGGAGCCAAACCAGAACAACUGGCUGCAGACAGGCUGGAUUGCCAGGCGCGAUGGCCAGAGGAUCUUCAUCGAGCUGAAGUUCACCCUGCGGGACUGCAACAGCAUCCCUGGCGUGAUGGGCACCUGCAAGGAGACUUUCAACCUGUACUAUGUCGAGUCUGACUCCGACCUGGGCCGUAGCGUCCGUGAGAGCAAGCACAUCAAGAUCGACACCAUUGCUGCUGAUGAGAGCUUCACGCAGGGGGACCUGGGUGAACGUAAGAUGAAACUGAACACUGAGCUGAGGGAGAUUGGGCACCUGAGCAAGAGAGGCUUCCACCUGGGCUUCCAGGACGUGGGAGCCUGCGUGGCGCUGGUCUCUGUGCGCGUCUAUUACAAGAAGUGCCUCGCCACUGUGCAGAACCUGGCUGUGUUUCCGGACACGGUGGCGGAGACGGCCUUUGCAACUUUGGUGGAAGUUAAGGGCACUUGCGUUGCUCACGCUGAAGUGGAUGUGGAUAAUCCCCCCAGGAUGCACUGCAGCGCGGAGGGCGAGUGGCUGGUGCCCAUAGGGAAAUGCACGUGUGGUCCCGGCUUCGAGGAGAAGGACGGGGGAUGCAGAGCUUGCCUUCCUGGAUUUUACAAGCUUUCCCUCCGUCUCCCUCUCUGCUCUCCUUGCCCUGAGCACAGCUUCACGCAUGAGGAAGCCUCCACGUUCUGCUCGUGCCAGAAGAACUACUCCAGGUCUCCGUCAGACCCACCAUCUGCCUCCUGCACACGUCCACCCUCCGCCCCAAGGAACCUGGUCUACAGCCUGCGGCAGUCGUCGCUGGUCCUGGAGUGGAGUGCCCCGGCUGACGCGGGUGGCCGGAGCGACCUGACCUACAGCCUGUGGUGCGGCCAGUGUCCGCGGGGCCGCUGCGAGCAGUGCGGCAGCAGCGUGGGUUUUGUGCCGCAGCAGACGGGGCUCGUGGACCGGACCGUCACCCUGGUGAACCUGCUGCCUCGCGUCAACUACACCAUCCGCGUGGCGGCUGUCAACGGCGUCUCGGGCGUCAGCCCGCUGUCAGGGCAGCAGUACGCCGAGGUGAACGUCUCCAUCGGCCUCGCAGCGCCGACUCCUGUCACUGACAUCCGCACAGAUAAAGUUGAGCAGAAGAGCGUCUCCUUGUCGUGGCAGGAGCCGGGCUUCCCGACCGCCAACGGCACCGAGUACGAGAUCAAGUACUACGAGAAGGAUCAGAGAGAUCAAAGCUACUCAACUGUGAAAACCACGUCAACGGCCGUGACGGUCAAUAACCUGAAGCCUGGCACCCUCUAUAUUUUCCAAAUCCGGACAUCUUCCUCGCCGGACUACGGAAACUACAGCCCUAGUAUUGAAGUGGAGACGCUGGCAGAGUUGACAGUGGCCUCCAGCGAGCAGAACCCCGUCCUCAUCAUCGCGGUGGUGGCCAUCGCGGGGCUGACGGUGCUGGUGUCUAUGGUGAUUGGCAUGAUGGUCUGGAGGAGACAGUGUGGGUACAGCAAAGCCAGCCAGGAUGGGGAUGAGGAGCUGUACUUCCAUUUUAAAAUACCAACCAGGAGGACGUACAUCGACCCUGACACUUGUGAAGACCCCAUGCAGGCCGUGCACCUCUUUGCCAAAGAGCUGGAUAACGCUAGUAUUAAAAUUGAGAGGAUCAUUGGGACAGGAGAGUUUGGAGAAAUCUGCCGGGGAUGCCUGAAGCUGCCCAGCAAGCGAGAGCUGCCGGUGGCAAUCCAGACCCUGCGGGCAGGGUGCUCGGAGAAGCAGCAGCGCUCCUUCCUGGCGGAGGCAAGCACCAUGGGCCAGUUUGAUCACUCCAACGUCAUCCGCCUGGAGGGGGUCAUCACCAGAGGGAGUACCAUGAUGAUAGUGAUGGAGUACAUGGGGAAUGGUGUGCUGGACUCUUUUCUCAGGAAGCAUGAGGGACAGUUCACGGCCACCCAGCUCGUUUGCAUGUUGCAGGGGAUUGCCUCUGGCAUGAAGUACCUGGCAGAGAUGGGUUACAUACAUAAAAGCCUUGCUGCCCACAAAGUCCUUGUGAACAGCAGCCUGGCCUGCAAAAUAACUGGUUUCAGACGGCCACAAGAAGAUAAGAUGGAGACCAUCUUCUCCACCACGCGCGGGAAGAGCCUGGUGCUGUGGUCAGCCCCCGAAGCCAUCCAGUAUCACCACUUCAGUCCAGCCAGCGACGUGUGGAGCUUCGGCAUCGUCAUGUGGGAAGUCAUGUCCUAUGGCGAGAGACCCUACUGGGACAUGUCCAACCAGGACGUGAUGAAGGCUGUGGAGGAUGGGUUUCGCCUGCCCGCCCCGGUAAACUGCCAGCCACCCCUCCACCAGCUCAUGCUCGACUGCUGGCAGAAGGACCGCAGCCAGAGACCCAAAUUCUCGCACAUCCACAACAUCCUGAGCAAGUUGGUGCAGAGCCCGGAGCCCCCAAAGUGCCCCAACUCCACGUGCACCAGGUCCCACAGCACGUCCAUUCCGCUCACUGAGCGUACCUUCUCAGCCUUCCCGUCUUUCAGCUCUGUAGGCGAGUGGCUGGAAGCGAUAGAAAUGGGCAGGUACAAAGACAACUUCACCGCUGCGGGCUACUGCUACCUGGAAUCAGUGGCCCGGAUGACAGCCCAAGAUGUCCUCAGCCUGGGGAUCACGCUGGCGGAGCACCAGAAGACCAUCCUGAGCGGGAUCCAGACUCUCCGGGCCCAGGUGAUACAAAUGCAUGGCCGAGGCGUGCAGGUGUGAAGCAGUCCCCCGCAGAGGUGCAGAGCACUGACCCGGCGCUCCCGGGGAGGAGACAGCCAGCCGGCCCUGAACCGGACCAAAUCUCUGAAACCUUGUGGUUUCAGGUGGGAUGUAGGAAUCACUGGGCUGCUGCCAAGCAAGUCAUUCCAUGUGGCAAGAGAGCAGGGCUUCCUGUCCCCUGUGCCGGGGAAGCCAAGGAUUCCUGGGACGCAUGCGGUGUGCCUAGGUGGAUGUGGCUCUCCCUAGCACUGUUUUGUAAGAUGAGUCAAACUGUAAUGAUGCCAUUUCAUAUGGUAAUUAGGUUAACAGGGUGGAUGGACGUUUGUGCACUGUCUUAAUCCAGAGCUGACAGCAUUUUCCUAUCUAGCAUCCUACUAGUGAAAUCCAUGGGUAUUUUUAUACAAGUUGACAUGUUCUAGCAACCCCACAAGGAGCUUUUAUUGCUUUUAUUUUUAGAGACCAGAGCACAGCUCACACCCAGCGCCCAACUUCUGGAAGGUGACUUUCCCCAUCUGCUAUGUUGAAGGAAACUGUUUCCCAGCCAUGUCCCUUCUGCUCUUAGAGUUACUUCACUGAGUCUUGACAGCACAGUUGGUGAACAAAAACAAAUAUUCUCCACUAAAGCGCAGAGCAAGUGGUGCUGAAUGUUUCUAAGGCUCUCUUGGCAAGACAAUUUCAGGGGAAGAAAUUAAAAGCUUUGAAGAGAGCCAUAGCCAAUAGGUCAAGCAGUGGAGUCCUUGGGCUGCCCUGCUGUUGCUCUCAGCCUUCGCUGCCUUUUGUGCAGGUCCUGGUCCCUCGUUUUACUGCUGCAGCCCAGCAGUGGGGCGGGAACUUACAGACUAGAACAACAGCAGGCAGUACACUGCUGCCCACAUGCAGAUUGAGCCCACAGGCAGAGAGACCUGCUGCCUGUUCAGGACUGAUGCUAAAGCAUCUGUUGCUACUUUAGCCUCUCUUCCCUGCUUCCUCCCUCGCAGUUUUGUGGGCAGAGCAUGCCGCAUCUUGCCUUCGCUGGCUUUGUGGGCAGCUGUGAUGGUCUCUGACUGCUGUCCCUAGGCUGGGAGCAAAGCAGGCAGAGCGUCGCUGCGUGCCCACAGCUGUGGGCUGACGCCAGAGCCUGGGGACUCCCUGCUGUCAGCUGAGCUGGAGCAUCCUGCUCAGAGGUGUCCGCUCUGCCUCAGAGCAGUAGAUGGACGAGUCCUCUUCCCUCUCUAGGUCUGGAAGCUUUUGCAAGGGAAAAAGUUUUAUGAACAGCACUAAUUCAACCCACAGCGGGCAGAAAGGAACCUCCCAAUUCAGCCAGAAAUGGGAUGAAAACCUGGGAAUUGGUUUGGGAUCAGAGAGACAGCGGGCAUGGCUGUGCUUUCAGGGGAUGCUUCCCGUGUCCACUCUGGCAGCGUGCCCCUGGCCACUGGAAGGACCACCUCAGCUGUGGUCAGUGCUCUUCCCCUCCUCCUCCGGCUGCCCCGUGCCUGGUCUGGAGCAGGGAAGGGAAGGGCAGCAGUCUGCCUGGAGCGUCCCGCUCUGCUGUGCCAGGGUGUCAGUUUUCCACCGCAGGUUGAUGGCUCUGCGGAGGUCCAUGCCAGAGGGCUGCAGUGCCAGCGUGCCCCACAGCACCCACAGCCUCUGCAGUGGGUGCACCCUGGGUCUGGGCGUUUGAGGUGGCUGCACGGGCUGUGCCGAAGGGACCGCACACCCUAGCCAGACCUUGGGUAGAACUGAUGGUUACAUCCGUGGGAUCCCUGAAAUCCUGCUGUGCGAUCUGGGCAAACCAGGGCACAUCAGCACUUUAUUUUCUUGCAGACGGUAGCACGGUACUGCCUGCCUUGCACGCUGGCAGUUCCCACUGAUGCAGGCCUGAUCCCUGAUGGAAGACAUAAAUAGCAUCUGCUUAAUAAUACAAGUUUCCUUGAAGUUAGUUAAUUAAAUGGGUCUUUGCAGCCUUGUACAGAGUUUUGUAGGCCUUUUAUUAUCAUCUGUAAGUAUUGCAAGUGAAUUAUUAAUGAUAAAAGGCAAAGAUUUACAAAGGGAACGAAUGCUGUGGGAGAUGUUCACAGGGCGGCUGGAAAUCUGUUUGAGUCAGAUCCUCCUAUUAGCCUGCUCUGAGAGGAUGAGGAUCUAAAUGACUAUUGAGCGAAGGGCCCUAAGGCAGCCUCUCGCGGGGCCGGCAUGGCACCUGCCCUACCCGGGCGUCUUCCUUCUCUCCCGGUGGUGUGGUCAAGCAGAGCGGCGUGACCAUAGGUGCUGGUGGCUGUCCUGGGCCCACUGGCCUUCGCAGAACGCGUUACCGUAGGGAUCCAGCUUCUGCUUAGUAAAGCCUCAUUCAUGGUGGUUUCCUUUUCACUGGCCCUUGGGCUCUUCUGGCUCAGGUGCAUGGCCAGGCUGGGUCCAGGAGUGCUCAAGACUGACAAGAUUUCACUUUUUUCAGAUAUUUUAGCUUGAUUGCAUUAGAGAUCAGAACUCUCUGCUUGAACUUCACCAACCAGUGGUCUCAAGAAGGUGCCAGCCAAUGUUGGUUUAUCAAUUUUCUGCCUUGUGCCGGUGUUCGCAGGCAAUGCCGUGGUGAGCACCACGCACUCCCAGCGGCUCCCUGGUCCCGCAGCCCCGGCGGUGCAGGCUGGCGGAGAGAAGGGCAUCUUCCCCUACGCAGGGUUUGAGCUCCCAGUAGCAAACGCUAAUGGGAGUGCGAGUCAGCACAGACACGCGUGUGCAGAGCUUGAGGCAGGAACGCUGGCCCUGCGGGACCCGGAGCUGUCCCGGCAGCGUGCCUGGUGGUGGGCGAGUGCUGGGUGCGCUCCGGGGAGUUUGCUGCUCUCCAGGGUAAACAAGCUCUCUCAUUCCUGCCACCUCUGCAGUUUAAACAACAUUCCCCAAUAUCACUUGGUUAGUUUUCUAACACAAAUAAUUUGUCUUUAAGUUUGGCCCUUGUCCGGUCUGGUUGGUCACUCACAAUCCUGCUGUUUCACACCAAGAAGAGUAAUAAUGGUGAACAGAAACCUUCAUUGGGUAGAAAUGCCAGAUCCCAAGGAUCAAGUGCAAUUUGUAUGCUCUUUAUGUUUACAUUUUAUCUAUAGAGAAAGUAUAUUAUAGUUCUUCAGGCAGGGAGUUGAACCAACUUGAUUCCUGAUCCUCUGCCCCAUGUCCCUGCUCUUGUCCUGUCCACCGGGAUUUCCAGCAGCCUCUGCAUUGGGAUGCAGGGAGCUGCGCUGGGGCGUCACUGCUGGAGGGGCUGGCUCCAGGUCGAUGCAGCUGCUUUCAAGGAGAUCUGGGGAAAUCCAGGGCUUGGUGAUGAGGUGACAGAGUGCUUCGGAGUCCGGGAAACAGACCUGGCCGUCAGCAGGCAGCAACAUGUUCCUCUUGAACCCCCCAGAACAGACCCUGUCUCCAGUGUUACAGAUGUGAGGAGGGGCUGGCUCUGCGCUAGCUGGAGAGAGAUAAACCUCAGUACAGCUUAUCUAGAGUCAUGGCAGUUUCUCCUGGGCUGCGGUGACCGGUGGCUUGUCGGGAGCCGUGGGUCCCUUGGGAAGCUGCGGUGGCUGUGUGGGCAGGGGUCCCUGCCCUCCCACAGCAGCUGAGCUCUGCAGGGGGCUGGCAGCCCCGCAGCCUCCUGUGCCAUUUACUUGUGUAAUCGUGUGAUGCUCGCUCUGUGCUAGAGUUCUCCAAGUGAAAAUGAGACCAUCUUUCAAUCAUUCCUUUAGUGUUUCCCCUACUGAAUUAGGCUCCCAUACUACAUUCUCUAGCACAAUCAGAAUUGAAGGUGUAAUUUCUUUGUCUGAGUCUCUCUAGGUAUUCCCAAAAGAAAUUCAGUGUUUAAUUACUUUUCUGACUUUGGUGAGCGACUCGGAUGUGGUGUUUCAGAAAGCUGUUUCUUUUAGACAGCAUGGCUCUGUGGAAGGGACCGUGCUCUAACUCAGCAGAAGCAAGAGGUAUUUGCUUUCCUGGCUCCUUCAAGAAAGAAAAGAAAAAGCACAUAAUGGAAGUAUGCUUUCUAGCCUAGCUUGUUGCAACAAUAAACACUUUUAAUUGAGCUCCUUAUCAACACUGAAGAUAAUAAAAUGAGCAGAUUAAGCUAUAGAUUGUUGUUAUGAUUUUAAAAUUAACUUGCAUUCUCUCAGCACCUCUUCGGGGAAGUAUUCAAUGCCUUAUAAUUGAAUUAAUUAGCAACGCUGUUUUGAAGCUGCUCAACCAAGGGAAAUGCCUGAAAAAUUUCAGUCUCUUUGCCCCUCCAGCCUCUGACACAGUGCAAGGCUCCUUCCUCCUCCCCUGGCUGUGGGGAAGCCCUGAUCACAUCAGUGCUAAUAAGGGCUCAGGACUGUCCGAGCACACUCACCUUCUCUGCAGCAGUGGUAGCGUUAAUUGGCUUGUUCAGAGAAGAAAAAAGAACGAAUGUUUUGUAAUCUGUGGGCUUUGCUGGAGCUAAUAGAUACAGUUAUGAGAGGAUUAGAUUUUAGAUGUUCAGGCAGAGUGGAGGCCAGUCACGAACUGGAGGAGCAGAGCGAGCGUGCGUCUCUAAGCUCAUGUGCGGACAGGACCGUCGGCUGUUCUUGCAUGGAGGGGAAGCACCUGGAAAGCAACCCUGAUCCCUCAGCGUGUCCGGUCGGCUGUCGGUGCCUGGCGACUGUAAAGCAGGAUGCUGUUCCCAUCGUGUGUCCUCUGGAAGAGCAGCGCGGCGGCUGUGCCUGUCAGCAGCCAAAGGCUGGCUGCUUUUGGGAGGGCAGCGACACGGACCCGGUGUCCAGCGUUUGGGAGGCUGGAUGGGGCACUUAGCUGCCCUGAUACAGUAGCAGGAAACCUGUUUCUGGGCUUUGCUUGGUAUUCCUCGUGGGAACAUCUCGACGAGAUGUUCCUCUCUGCUGGCGAGAAAAGGCCCGGCACAGCUUCUCCUGGGGUGGCUGGAGAGCAAUUCCUGCUGCUCGCUGUGGCUCCGCUCCGCAGGCGAGGCUCUUGCAGGAGAGGCCCUUUCCGCUGAGCUCCCUCGGCUGCGGUCCCCAAAUCUCCCCUCCUGUGUUGCGCCUUGUUUUCCGUGAGGUCAGGAUGGCUCCUAACCGGACAGCUGGUCCGUGCGCUGCGUCCUGUGCAGCAAGGCACAGUGCCUGCAGGAUCAGACCCCGUGGGGCUAUAGGGGUGCGUGAGUGAGGGGGGACAAGGGAUGUGCCUCCCAUCCCUAGGGAUGACUGAAGGCCUGAGGCAGCACCAGGGUAGGAAUGAUGUGCUGGAGCCAGAAUUGGGGAAGUGCCAGCUGCAGCUCGACGCAGCGCUGCUCGGUGCAGGCAGGACACGCGGCUUUGCCAUCGCCAGCACCCUGCAACACCCCCCUCGCAUGAAACCAAAACUGGAAUCAAGUUGGUUCAUCUCCACAUGCUUUUUGAUAUUCAUUAACUGUGUGUUAUAUACUGUAAAUACAUACUUGAGAAGUCAAUAUAUAUUUUUAUAAGCUUGAAACAAAUGUAAUAUAAUAUCAUAAGGGACACUGUGUACAUUUCAUGUUUGAAUUAUAGUCAGACAUCUCCAGGGAAUCACAGUUGGUUUGGAAUAAUUAAUAAUAAUAAUAAUAAUAAUAAAUGGUAAUAAAGAUCUAUUGACAUUUUUGUUAAUUUUGUAUUUAUUGAACUAUGUUUGAAGAUUGCAAUAAUGAGAUAUCUAAAUACCGAAGUAAAAACAACCACUAAUUCUG